AUGUACAUCCCAUCAGCCCAACAGAUCAUGACCGCAGGCCUUAUCGCCACCGGCUGUAUGAAAUCAGGCAUGAAGUCCUUGGUCGGCGACGAAGUAUCCUCGGGCAAGCUCCUCGAUUUCGCCGUCGAGAAGUGCAUCGACAAUGACGGCAACCAGCGCUGCAGCGCCCCUUUCCUCGUUUCCGAAUCCAAGUGCUACAAGCUCGAAUGGAGCACUGAGGGGACCGUCAGCCACACGACGGCUGAGGUGCGGGAUGUCAAGAGCGGGGAGAUCGUCUACUACCGCGAUACCAAUGGAGAGUGGACGCCCGAGAAGGGAGAACUGGUUUAUGUUGACUUCAAGCCUAAGGUCUGGAAGACGGGCAAUGAUACUGUGGAUUACACGGUCUCGCUGUGCAAAUAG